GGAUUUUGAGGGUGUCGGAGAGGACACGCGAUGCCCAUCUCACAGCGCAGAUAAGGUUUGCGUCCUUAGGUGAAUGUCCUGGCGCUGCGACGGCGAGCCAAGCCGUCGGUCUUGGGAGGGGAUAAAGCUGCGUGUAAAUGAGAAGACAGGAGUGUACCGGAGUGCUAUGGAGGGCAGCAACUUUGUUGCUGUGACUUUUAUAAGCCUUCAAGGAAGUUUCAUGGAGUUGGACUAAAAUAAAGUUUUGGGAUGUCUCUGUUUGGAUUAAAAUUUGGAAAGAAGAAAUUCAAAGAGGAAGAGAGACAACUUCAAGCAAACAACCGGGAUUUUAAUCUGCAGUUUGAAUAUGCUAACAAUUCAAUUAAAACAUCGAAAUACAAUUUCUUCACUUUCCUGCCUCUCAACCUGUUUGAGCAGUUUCAGCGAAUAGCCAAUGCUUACUUCCUUUUCUUGCUGAUCUUACAGUUGAUUCCUCAGAUUUCCUCAUUGGCCUGGUUUACAACAGUGGUGCCCCUGGUGCUGGUGCUGGCUGUAUCAGGAGUCAAGGAUGCCAUUGAUGAUUUUAAUCGACACAAAAGCGACAAACACGUCAACAACCGCCCAGUCCAGGUCCUGAUCAAUGGCAUGUUAAAGGAGCAAAAAUGGAUGAAUGUCCAAGUGGGGGAUAUAAUAAAACUAGAAAACAACAACUUUGUGACAGCUGAUCUCCUGUUGCUGUCGAGCAGUGAGCCACACAGCCUGACGUACAUCGAGACAGCUGAGCUGGACGGUGAAACAAACCUAAAGGUGAAGCAGGCACUGACAGUCACUGCAGAGCUUGGAGAAGAUCUUCAGAAGCUGACGGAGUUCAAUGGAGAAGUCAGAUGUGAGGCACCAAACAACAAACUGGAUAAAUUCACAGGAACUCUUACUCUUCGAGGAGGGAAAUAUGCCCUGGACAAUGAGAAGAUGUUGCUGAGGGGCUGUACUAUCCGGAACACAGAGUGGUGCUUUGGGCUCGUUAUUUAUGCUGGGCCAGACACAAAACUCAUGCAGAACAGUGGAAAAACAACUUUUAAGCGAACAAGCAUCGAUCGGCUCAUGAAUGUCCUUGUGCUGGUGAUCUUUGCAUUUUUAGCACUGAUGUGUCUCAUCCUAGCCAUUGGCAAUGGUAUCUGGGAGCAUGAUAAGGGCUACUACUUCCAGGUUUAUCUGCCCUGGGCAGAGGGUGUCAACUCUGCCUCCUACUCUGGUUUCCUCAUGUUCUGGUCAUACGUGAUCAUUCUAAACACAGUGGUACCUAUUUCACUCUACGUCAGUGUGGAGAUUAUACGCUUGGGUAAUAGUUUCUACAUCGACUGGGACCGCAAAAUGUAUUACCCACUGAAUGACACACCAGCUCAGGCUCGAACCACUACACUCAACGAAGAGCUGGGGCAGAUCAAGUACAUCUUCUCAGACAAAACAGGAACUCUCACCCAGAACAUCAUGUGUUUCAACAAGUGCUCCAUCAAUGGCAAAUCCUAUGGUGAUGUGUAUGAUAUGUCUGGGCAAAGAAUAGAAAUAAAUGAGAACACAGAGAAGGUUGAUUUCUCAUACAACCCAUUAGCCGACCCAAAGUUUGCCUUCUAUGACCACAGCCUGGUUGAAGCCGUGAAGCUGAAUGAUGUCCCGACGCACAGGUUCUUCCGGCUGCUCUCCCUUUGCCACACGGUGAUGCCGGAGGAGAAGAAGGAAGGUAACUUGGUGUAUCAAGCACAGUCUCCUGAUGAGGGAGCCCUAGUCACUGCUGCCAGAAACUUUGGAUUUGUGUUCCGAGCUCGCACGCCAGAGACCAUCACUGUUGUGGAAAUGGGAGAAACAAAAGUCUACAAACUUCUGGCUAUUCUUGAUUUCAACAACGUUCGCAAGCGAAUGUCUGUGAUUGUGCAGAGUCCAGAAGGUGACUUGACUUUGUACUGCAAGGGGGCUGACACCAUUCUUUAUGAACUGCUUCAUCCAUCCUGCAACUCUCUCAAAGAGGAGACCACAGAACACCUGAAUGAGUUUGCUGGGGAAGGCCUGAGGACACUCGUGGUGGCCUAUAAGAGCUUGGAGGAAGACUACUUUCAGGACUGGAUCAGGCGUCACCAUGAAGCAAGCACUGCCUUGGAAGGACGGGAAGACAAACUGUCAGAGUUGUAUGAGGAGAUUGAAAAAGACCUAAUGCUGCUAGGUGCCACAGCUAUAGAGGACAAGCUACAAGAUGGGGUCCCACAGACAAUUGAGACUCUUGCCAAAGCCAACAUCAAGAUAUGGGUUCUCACUGGAGAUAAGCAAGAGACAGCAAUGAAUAUUGGUUACUCCUGCAACUUGCUGAAUGAUGACAUGGAAGAAGUUUUCAUUAUUGAAGGCAGCACAUCUGAUGACGUACUGAAUGAGCUGAGGAAUGCAAGAAAAAAGAUGAAGCCAGAUUCUUUUCUGGACAGUGAUGAAAUCAACAUUCAGUUUGAAAAGUCUUCGAAAAAACAAAUAAUUAUACCUGAUGAGCAGGCAAAUGGGGUGUAUGGUCUGGUUAUCACUGGCCACAGCCUGGCUUACGCGCUGGAAGGGAACCUGGAGCUGGAGCUGGUGAGAACUGCCUGCAUGUGCAAAGUGGUGAUCUGCUGCCGGGUGACUCCGCUGCAGAAGGCCCAGGUGGUGGAGCUGGUGAAGAAGUACAAGAAGGCCGUGACCCUGGCGAUCGGAGAUGGUGCCAAUGAUGUCAGCAUGAUCAAAACUGCCCACAUCGGGGUUGGUAUCAGCGGCCAGGAGGGGAUGCAGGCGGUCCUGUCCAGCGACUUCUCCUUCGCACAGUUCCGCUACCUGCAGCGCCUGCUCCUGGUGCACGGGCGCUGGUCCUACAUCCGCAUGUGCAAGUUCCUCAAGUACUUCUUCUAUAAGAAUUUUGCCUUCACCUUGGUACAUUUCUGGUAUGGCUUCUUCUCCGGCUUCUCAGCACAGACUGUCUAUGAUGAGUGGUUCAUUACACUUUACAAUUUGGUAUACACCUCUCUCCCAGUGCUAGGAAUGAGUCUCUUUGAUCAGGAUGUGGAUGAUCGCUGGAGCAUGCUGUUCCCUCAGCUAUAUGUGCCUGGCCAGCAAAACCUCUACUUUAACAAGGUGGUGUUUGUCAAGUGCAUGUUGCAAGGGAUCUACAGUUCCCUCAUCCUCUUCUUCAUCCCCUAUGGGGCCAUGUACAAUACAAUGAGGAGUGAUGGGAAGGCCAUUGCUGACUACCAGUCCUUUGCUCUGAUGGCCCAGACCUGCUUACUGAUUGUGGUGUCUGUGCAGAUUGGCUUGGACACCUCUUACUGGACAGUUGUCAACCAGUUCUUCAUCUGGGGCAGCCUGUCUGUUUAUUUUGCUAUCACCUUCACCAUGUACAGUGAUGGCAUGUACCUGAUCUUCACAGCCUCCUUUCCCUUCAUUGGUACGGCUCGUAACACCCUCAGCCAACCAAAUGUGUGGCUGGCCAUCUUCCUCAGCAUCACCCUCUGCGUGCUGCCAGUGGUUGGAUUUCGAUUCCUCAAGGCCCAGUUAAAGCCAACUCCCAGUGACAAAGUCCUGCUGAAGAUCAAAGAAGCCAAAAAGCGGCCCCCUCCACCCUCUCCCAAGCGACGCCUGCGCCGGACCAGCACCCGCCGCUCUGGCUACGCCUUCUCUCACCAGCACGGCUUCGGAGCACUCAUCAUGUCUGGGAGGAACAUGCGGCCAAAAUCACCUUUUGCCACAACGGGAACAUUUUCACCCAACAGUGACAAAUAUAAACACAAAGGAUUGUAACAAAGAUAAAAAAAAAAAAGGAGAGAAGAAAAAAGACACACACACCCCUUCCCCCCCUGUCCCCCUGAAAAAUUAACAAAGCAAACCAAAGUAAAGGGCUGUCAGGAGAGGAGGCUGUGCUGCCUGCAGGGCACCGAGCCAGUGGCUGCCCAGAGCUCUUCCCUCUGAGCUGCCAAAUCAAGGACUUGGGGCUUUCCUUUCACCCACAUGCACCCUCUGUAGUUUCUUCUCAGAGAUGUGUGCUGCUGCUGGGGAAGGCGGGCAGGGUGAGUUGGAGCGUGGAGUUGCAUUGUAUCCCAGAAGGCCUCCCUGGCACAAGAGAGAACCUGCUGUGGGAGGCAUCUCUGCUCCCUGAGAUUGUUCAUAAUGCUAAUUUUUUUUUUCUCCCUCUAACUAUAUACCUCAGAGCAAGGAGAAUUUCAGUCUGAGGAAAAGGUUGAAUUG